AUGACUGAUACUGAGAAAGAAGACUACUACGAUAAUAGCGAUGAAAACAAUGAGUUCUUCGACAUAGACGCCCAGCUAGAUGCAACCUCCUUCAGCAUCGGCCUCAAUAUAUCCGCAGGGAAAAACAACGAGUUUCAUACCCGCAAUGACCCAGCAGCACCCUUUCAACGAUCGACAAUCACUGAGCGGCAAGGAAUAACUCAAGUACAGUGCUUUUCACGCGAGAUAAUCCAUGGCUACUUGUCACCAGACGGAAACAACGCGACCUUGCUUAUUUAUGAUCUUCAUCUCGACACAACCAAGAAAUCCCGGCGUAUCCGCGAAGCUCAAGUCAAGUUCGAGUUCAAGAGCAGCAAUCCAGGAAGCUCAGCACCCCAGAUAGCAAAGAUAGCACCUCAUGGAAGUGUCUCCAUGUUAGCAACAUCUGCCGAAGUAUCCAAAACUAUCGGCUAUGGACUAUCGGCUGGAGCCAGCCAGUUCGUCAGCGUCGAGAGCUCGGCCAAAUGGGAGAAGACGGUCAGCCAAACAAGAAACGACGCAGCUAGAGUAGCAGGGGGUUUUCUCUGCAAUGACUACGGCAAGCAAGUGGGUGCACAGUGGAUCCUUUUCGAGAACAAGUUAGUCGGUUCGGGCACACCGAGAUUUAUGCGCUUUGCUAUUUUGCUUGACAGGGGCGACGAGGAGGAGGAGUUUGAGUGCAAAGUCACUAUCAAUGCUAGUGGGGAUUGGAAAACAGUGCUGGGAGGAUUGGUUGGGUCUACGCCGCGCGAUGAUCCUGUCCUAUUUGACCCGACUUCACCGCCUACAAACAAGCUUCGCAAGGCUUACGAUAUCGAGAACCUGGAGUCACUAGACUUGGAUGAGUUUGUGGAGAUCGAGUUUGAUAAGCCUCUGAAGAAUAUUGGGGGGGCACGAGGUUCAGCUUGA